GUCACCCUUGCUUCGAACUUCACAAACCAUAAACAGAAGGCUGGUGCUCUGUGAUCGGAAUUUACCUGAUGUAUUGACAGCCUUAUCGCUUUUAGUCACCAAAUUCUAAGCCAACUAAAUUGAGACAUGGCUGGUUUACCACCGGGAGAUCCGCAGCUGGUCUCAAUGAUCGUAAAUCAUUUAAAAACCCAGGGACUCUUUGACCAGUUCCGGAGGGACUGUUUGGCAGACGUUGACACAAAGCCAGCCUACUUGAAUCUGAAACAACGAGUGGACAACUUUGUCUCCAAUCACCUCUCCAAUCACACAUGGAGCCCUCAUUUGAACAAAAACCAACUGAGAAACAACAUCAGACAGCUUGUCCUGCAAUCUGGGAUGCUGGAGCAGGGAGUGGACAGGAUUGUGGCACAGGUGGUGGAUCCUAAAAUCAACCAUAUCUUUAGGCCGCAGGUGGAGAGGGUUGUCCGUGAAUUUCUGUCCCCUGGCAGCUGCUCUGAGGAGCCACCAGCCCCUCUGCUUUCAACAGAGGUCAAACCAGACAGCAGCAUUCCUGAGCAGGCCUCAACAUCGACUCCAACUACCACUGCCAGCGACGCCAUGUCCAUCCUGGACACUAUAACUUCUCUAAACCAAGAAGCUAGCGUCAGAGCCAGCUCGGCACCCGAAAAAGCACGUAAAAGUCAAUCGGCAGAUGACUUCAUGCAGGUGAUGGUGGAGGAUAGCGAGCAGGACAUGAGUAUUGUUGAGGAAGGUGACAGUCACCAAGUGGUAAAGCCACUGGAAGAAGAAGAGGAAGCAAAACUGUCAGCUGAGGUUCAGGCAUUAGAGGUAAAGACAGAGGAAACACAGGAAGAGGUGGAACUGGGAAAAGAGCCGUUAAAGGAGGAUGUGAAAAUGGAAGAUGAGGAGUCUGUGGCUCAGGAGCAGACAGAGGAUGAGAAGGAUAAAACAGCAAGCAAAGUCAGUGGAAAACCCUCAGAAGAAAAACAGGAUGAUGAUCUAUUGAAAUCUACAAGCAAGGCUAAACAGAAGGCCAGAGAGAGGAUAAAAGAAGAGUAUUCUUUGGAGGACUCUGACCUGGAAGGCCUGAGUGACAUCACAGUGAGCUCUGUCCACACCAGCGACCUGUCCUCAUUCGAGGGGGAAAGUGAAGAUGAGCAGCAGCUGUCUGAUUCUUCUGAAGAGGGCGAGCUUCCACCUGAUGAUGAAGGUGAGAGGGAAGAAAAAAAACACAGCACUGGAGACACAGGAGAUGAAGACAAAGAGCGUAAACCUCGCCGCAAGGCCUAUGUUCACAAGCCCUUCCUCUACUCCCGUUACUAUAGCGACUCAGAUGAUGAGAUCACUGUGGAGGAACGCCGUCGUUCUGCGGCGAAGGACAAAGAAGAACGGCUGCUCAAGAGACAACAGAACAGAGAGCGAAUGGAAGAGAAGCGCAAACAGAAAGCAGCACAGGCUGAAGAGCAAGAUAACAAAAAACAAAAGAGCAGCGACUCCGCUGCCCUCGAAGGCCCCGGAGCCAAAGAAGCCCGCAAAGAGAGGAAAGUUCUGGAGAAAAAAAUGGCUCUCAACAGGAAGAGAAAACUAGACUCAAGGAAAGAGGGAGAUGUUUCAGGCAAAAAGAAAGGAGACACGAGAGACGCUGUAAAGAAAACGGAAGUGAAAUCUACCACCUCAAAGACACCACAACAUAAGCUGAUGAAAAAUCUGUCCGAACCUUCAUAUUCUGAUGAGCGAUACAGAGGGACAAGCGGCAGCAUCUCAGAAGAUUCCAGCGAUGCAAAGAAGAUAGCUGACAAAGGAAGGACACACUCCUUCAUCUUGGAGCUGGAGCUAGGCUCCCAAGAGGCUCUCAGACAACGAUCGGUUGGAAAAUUUGACCGUCUGUCUCACAAAGAGCUUCACUCCAAAGAACGCAAAGAGAAAGAACGCAGCUUGUCCGAUGAACGUGCCAAGCUCAAACAGAAGCAGGAGAAAAAAUCUGAACAUCAGGCGGAUGAAUCUCAGCAGAAGGAAGGCAGUGCUGUUAAAGUAUCCUCUGAAGAGAAAGCUGAGAAGAAGCCCAAGAUCAAAAGUGAGAAGAAGAUCACAGGAAGUACAAAAGAAGGCAAGGUGUCUGAAAAUGUUUCUGAAGACGGAGGUUCUAAAGAUCCAAAGAAGGUGAAGACUUCAUCUGUGGAGGCUAUCAAAACGGAGAAGGACAAGAAUAAGGACAAAGAUAAGAUCAAAGAAAAGGAAAAGGCCAAAGGGGAGAGAACCUCGGUUAAAAGUGAUUUCAAGCAGCUGCUUCGCCCUGAUUCUGCAGGUUCCUCUGAGGAUCGAUCCGACAUGGAGCCUGAGUCAAACAGCAGCAAGAAGAAAGAUAAACACUCCAAGGACGUCAUGAAAAAGCCAAAGAGCCACAGUGAGGACAGGCCUGGAGAUAAACUCAAAUCUAAAACUGACAGUAAAGACAGCGAGAAGGAAAAAACAAAAGCAGAUCAAGAUGGACAGAAAUUACACAGGUCAAGCUCGGAAAGUGACAAAGAUCCAAAAAGGGUCAAAUCAUCGGAAAAAGGAAGAAUUUUAGAAAAAUCAAAAUCAAAAUCCAAAGAGGAGGCGAAGACUCCAGUGCUGCCAAAGACGGAGAAGAGAGUUCACAGUCCGGAUGUCAAAAGUGCAGGAAUUUCAUGCGUCAGCAAACCUGAAGCAACAAAAGAGAAGAAGAAAGAGGGAAAUGCAAAAGACCAGAGCAAAGUCUCUGAAGAAUCUUCACAGGAGAGAUCUGACAGUAAAAGUGCAAAGAAAAAGCUGGAGAAGAAGGAUAAAGUUUCAGAAAAGAAAGAUGAGAGUCAAGAAGAGAAAGCACCAAGAGAGGAGAAACUGGAAAAGUUGGAUAAAUCCCCUUCGGUUUCCUCUCUGAGUCUUGAGACGGAUGAUCCGCCAAAGAAACGACCUCUUCUCCAAGACACAAGCACAGACUCCGAUCCCGUCACCACCACCGUCACCACGUUGUUCUCAGACGAUACCUGUGACGCCUUGAGCGACAUCACCCCCGAGCCGCCCGAGGGAGAGACGGAGUCACGCCUGUGCGAGAUGCCAGCUGUGCCUGCAGAGGCCGACGCCCUGCUGACUCUUAUGGACGUCUGCACGUCAGCAGAGGCGAGACUUCCACCUGAGAACACCCGAGAGGAUGUGACAUCCGAGAUGGAGCUUCAGGAUGCUGAUAUGAAGAUGAAAGAGGCAGCUCUGACUCUGCUCUCCAUGGAUCCCGACAGCACAGUGUCCACCAGCUUACUGUGCCAAGAAGCAAGAGAAGAGUCAGCGGUCAAUCCGCCCGCCCCACAACCAAUGGAGACAACUACAGCUGAAGAGGAGCAGCUUCCUCCUAUGGAAGUGCACACGGCUGCUGAAACUGAGUCCCCGGCUGCUGAAACUGAGUCCCCGGCUGCUGAAACUGAGUCCCCGGCUGCUGAAACUGAGUCCCCGGCUGCUGAAACUGAGUCCCCGGCUGCUGAAACUGAGUCCCCGGCUGCUGAAACUGAGUCCCCGCGCGGGCCGGCUGCUGAAACUGAGUCCCCGGCUGCUGAAACUGAGUCCCCGGCUGCUGAAACUGAGUCCCCGGCUGCUGAAACUGAGUCCCCGGCUGCUGAAACUGAGUCCCCGGCUGCUGAAACUGAGUCCCCGGCUGCUGAAACUGAGUCCCCGGCUGCUGAAACUGAGUCCCCGGCUGCUGAAACUGAGUCCCCGGCUGCUGAAACUGAGUCCCCGGCUGCUGAAACUGAGUCCCCGGCUGCUGAAACUGAGUCCCCGGCUGCUGAAACUGAGUCCCCGGCUGCUGAAACUGAGUCCCCGGCUGCUGAAACUGAGUCCCCGGCUGCUGAACUGAGUGCUGCUGAAACUGAGUCCCCGGCUGCUGAAACUGAGUCCCCGGCUGCUGAAACUGAGUCCCCGGCUGCUGAAACUGAGUCCCCGGCUGCUGAGCCAUCACCAGUUGCAUCUCAAGAACCCGAUGAGCUUGCUGAUGUAAAAUCAGACAUUGCAGAUGAGUCAGAAAGCACAGAGGUAAACAUGGUCAUUUCAGAUGUUGAAACCUCUAAGACUUUGGCUCUAAAGGAGGAUGAAGCUACUGCAGAUGAAAUUCCUUCAAAAGAAGCUGAAAAUACUGAAAUAUUUCCUGAAAUGCAGUCGGAUGAGAAACCAGCAGUACCACCUGAAGAGGCUGCUGUUGCUGUGUGUGAAACCGAACAGCCCACAGGAAGCACAGAGGAAAACACGGUGGCUGGUGUUCCCAACACCACUGAAGAAUUUACUGAAACUCCUGGUGAACAAGAACAACCAGAGCCAGAUGAUGUCGUCACAAAGGAAAACCUCGAGGCAGAGGAGGCGGCAGGUGACGAGGAUGGGACCAAGACGGACAUAAUUAACAGUGAAGCUGAGAGUAAGUCAGUGGAGGAAGGAAAUGUCUCAGCAGAGAAAAGCGAUCCACAGACUAUGGAAACCAGUGUCCCAGACAAGACUGAGGAGGCCAGAGAAUCUGAGUCUAAGCUAGUCAAACAAAUCAGUAAUGUCUCCAGCGCAGAUAGCCAAGAUGAUGAGAAAGGCUCAGAUCUCUCAGAAAAGGAGGAGAAAACGGAGGGAAGAGGAAGGCGGAAACGAAAGCUGUCCAAUCAGAAAGCUGCAGCAGAGAAAGAGUCUGGUGAGGAGGCGAAUGAGCAGCUGCCUGCUGAGGACAAGCCAGUGGAGGUAAAAACCCCUCGCAGGGGACGAUCGUCCAAACCCACAGAGGAGGAGACGAAAGACGAACCAACACAAGUGGAGAAGUUGGAGGAGACUCCGAGCCGCAGGCGGAGACGAUCAGCACCCAAAGAAGCCGCAGCUGAUAAGCAGAAAGAAGACGAAAAUAAAGUUGUUGAAAGUCCCGAACAAACCUCAUCGGAGAAAGUUGCAGAGACGGAAGCAGUGGAAGAGAGAACUGAAGAGAAAAAUGAACCAAUCAAAAGUGAGGUCAGUCUGCUGCCGUCUGUUCCAGAGGACGGCGAAGGAGCAGCAAGUGCCAAAUGCAGCGAUCCUGCUGACACCAGUGAACAAACAGUGGAGACCAAAGAAUCGGAGGAAAUGGAGGUGUGUGAAUGUGUGGAGGAAGCUCGAGCUCCGGAGGAGGUGGUGCAGGACAACAGUGGACAGGAACAAAAUGAGCGACAGCCUGAUAAAGACAGUGACUGUUCCCCUUCUGCGAGUCAGUCAGAGGCUCACGAGGAUGUAAAAGAGCAGAGCUGCAGCGAGAAGAAGACACAAGACGGCGGGGAAGAGCAACAGCAAGAGGACCAAGAGACGACUCCAAAGCGGACUGGUCGGAGGGGACGGCCAUCAAAGGCAGCAGCUACAGAGGAUUCAGAUAAAAAGGUCAAAAAAGCAGAGGAGAAGGACAGUGAGCAGAAUGAGGAGGAAGAGGAGGAAGAUGAAGGUGAGAAAGAAGGAGAGGAAGAAAAAGAAACUGCAACUAGAGCCACAACACGGUUGGCUUCUCGCCGGGAAGCUGAAAGAAACAAGCCAAGUAAACCAUCCACCCGGGCAAGCAGACAGAACGGUAAAGAGGAGACCGCAGCUGGCACACGCGGGACGAGGGGCCAGGCGGCAGCAGCUGCAGCGAAAGGGGGCCGUAAGCGGGAGACCAGCCCUCCUGCUGUGCGAACGCGGGGAGGACAGAAAUCAGAGGAGCCCCCUUCCAAAAGAGCCAAACGCUAGGAUGCCUGACAGCGGCACAACGGUUUGCCCCAGCGGUGUUGUUUUUACACUCCAUAUUUGAAGAGCCUCUGCAGUCAGGCACGUAAAGCUGUUUCUGCUUCGCUGGCUGCAGAUAUCGAAGAGCUCUGGAUAGUAUUAUACACUCUCCUCUGAUGGUUGAGUGUAAACCUGAGGAUCUGUGUAAGAAUCCCCCAGAAUACCUUCUGCAGCUCUGCACACAUAUGGUUUGGAUCAGACUUCAUAUUUCACCAUUUAUUCAGUAAUGCCCAGUGAGUAUUUCAGCCCAAUCAGAAGCCUAAUGUGCAGCCAAGUUGUGCUUUGUGAUAAAGAGGGUGAAGUCUGCAGAUUGUGUCUCAUAUACACACUUGUACGUAGAAAUCAGCAAUUUGUGAAUUUUAUAAGUGCAUUUUCAUUCUGUGAAUGAAACAAGAUGUUUUACUUCUAGUUUUUUUUUUUUUAUGUAAUAGUCAGAAGUUAAAGAAAGGAUUUUGGUUUGUUUUUUUUUGUUUUUUUAUUCCACAUUUUAAAUUGAUUUAAGACCUCAAAGACGGGGCAAAACUUGAAGAGUCUUUCAUUACAUAGUUUACUCCUGGUUUUUACUCACUAAAUGAAGACCAUCUAGUUAUUUUUAUUGUUACACAGUUAGCCAUCAGUAUGUAUUAAUGUAAAGCCGGAAUUUCAACAAGUUUCUUUUUUAAAUAUAUAUUAAAAAACCCACAAAUAACAUAUUUGUUGUUCCCUUGCUACAUUAAAAGCACCACAAAUCAA